AAAGUUGUCAACAUAUAUUUGUUUAUCUCUCAUUGUUAUCAUGUCUAGACCUGGUUCGUGAAUAAGAUAAGACGCCUUAUAUAACGCGUAAGAGAAGAUUAUAGAACCCCACAGCAGGGUCGCAUGUGUUGUUCGAGUUGUGUAUUGUUCGUCGCUGAUAGUGACAGCUAAACACGCUGUUAUAGCUAUAUGUGGUUAAACGCAUGCGUUUGUCGAGAGAGGAAUAUUACCGAGUUUGUAUUGAGGAAUUCAUAAGCAUUUCCGGUUAAAGCGCUUGACCACGUAUAUGUGUAUAUUUGGAAAUGGCGGCUAUAUGGCAUCUCAAAAACAUAUUUUGGAAUGAAACAAUAUGGCUUCCAGACAAAUUGAAUUGGGACAUAAUAAGGAAACAAGAAAGAGCAAGUUACGCACAGUUUAACGACUUGUAUUACGCUUUUCCUGUUGCUAUUGUACUUCUCUUUGUACGAUUCUGCGUUGAGAGGUUUAUUUUCACUCCACUUGGAAUCUGCCUUGGUUUAAAAGCAACACAUCCUAAGAAAGCUGCAGACAAUCUUGUUUUGGAAAAAGCUUUCCAAGCAAAUGGCAGAAUCUCAUAUAAGCAGAUCCAAGGACUUGCAAAGCAGCUGGAAUGGACUGAAAGAAAAAUAGAACGUUGGUUAAGACAGCGAACAGUUCAGCAAAAGAAACCUCAAGCUCUUUCAAAGUUUACCGAGAGUUCAUGGAGAUUCUCCUUUUACAGCACCACUUUUCUGUAUGGAUUCUACACAUUAUAUGAUAAACAGUGGUUCUGGGACACCAAAUAUUGCUGGUAUGAUUAUCCUGACCAUUCGGUCACCAAUGACAUCUGGUGGUACUACAUGAUUGAGUUGGGGUUUUAUUGGUCACUUACUUUCUCUCAAUUUAUGGAUGUAAAGCGCAAGGAUUUCUUUCAGAUGUUUAUUCACCAUAUAAUCACAAUCAUGUUGUUGAGUUUUUCCUGGGCCUGUAACUUCUGGCGUAUUGGAACCCUUGUUCUUGUAAUCCACGACUUUGCUGAUAUUCCUCUUGAGUUGACCAAGAUGGCAAAGUACAUAGGCCACAAACAACUAACAGACUCCUUGUUCUUGAUUUUUGCUGUAGCUUGGAUAGCUUCUCGUCUAGGACUGUUUCCUUGCAGAGUUAUUUACAGCACCCUCUUUGAAGCUGUAGCUAUAAUUGACAUGUUUCCAGCUUACUACAUUUUUAAUGGUUUGCUCUGUGGUCUUCAAAUUCUUCACCUAGUCUGGAGUUGGAUGAUUUUGAGAAUUGCUUUUCAAGCAGUCAGCAAAGGAGUGAAGGACCUCCGUAGUGAUGCUAGCAGUGAAUCUAGCUCCAGUGAAACUAUUUCCCAUAAACACAAGUCUCACAAGUCCUGAAAGAAGACACAAAGCUCAGAGGCAGCUGUGCAGUUUAAAAAAUUAGCUUUUUUGUCAUUCCACAUUUUAUUCUAUACUAUAAAUUUCUUUCCCAGUCUGCUGUAUCAAAAUAAGCCAGACUCUUUAACCCUCAGGUCUUUCCAGUGAAAUAAAUAUAUAUAUAUAUAUAUAUACACACACGUACAUAUAUACCAUUUUUUGUGUUGUGGUACACUCUUGUUCAAUUUCAUCUUUUAUGGUAGCUUACUUGUUUAUGAUUGAUAUGUUAUAACCUUAAAUGAAGCUGUAUCAAAUGUAUGCUGUAUGUUUGUGUGUCAUUUUCUAGCAUUUUUUCUGCAUUUUACACUUUUAUCUGCUUGUUCUUGUAUAACAAGGUCAAUAUUAAUAAUUCUUAGUGCAUUGUUUGUGACUAUUUGUUGUAGUUUUUAAGAUAUGAAAUGAUCUGUAUCAGAUAUGGAAAGACAAGGUUUUAUAUGAAAUUAAUCUGUCUUUGACUCCAGUGAUUUAUAUGGAAAAGCUGCAACAUUUAAAAAACAAAAGCUGGAAUAUAUGCUUUCUGUUUGAUUUGUAUGCAUGUUUUUAUGAAAACAGAAUAGAAGAAAUCAAUUUGCAUAAGUAAGUAAGGUGAAACAAAUACUUUAGACAAACUUGGAUGUUGUAACUCUGUGAUUUAAAACUGUUAAUUUUGCGUUCAUUCCUGAUAUGUGUUCAUUAUGUUAUGCAAAAAAAUCCCCUUUUUUCUAUAAAUAUUAAUUUACCUUGCACCUCUGUGUCUAUGAUUCUAUAAUAGAAUCACAAAUAAAUUAUUAAUUUAUGUUUUGAAACCAUACUUUUAUGUAAAAAAUUUAGUGCCAUUAUCCUGAUUUGUGACCAACAUCUACCAUACUCAUUCAAUUAAAGCUGUUAAGAAAAUAAAAUAACAUUUAUACAUAUAACAGAUUUGAAAAAACGUUGAUCUUUACGUGAUUAAUAUUUUCAUCAGAUGUUUACAACUAGAGGUUUCAGUUAUACUUGCUAUCUAAACAUACUAUUGUGCCAUUGAAUGUAUUUUAGAUCAAUAAUAUUUUAUGAAAUGCAUGUUGAGUCUUAGCAUCAUUAUUUGAUUUAUUUUGUUCCAUAUAAAGAACAGUUAUAUAAAGGUUAUAUAACACUAUUCUUCCCAAACAUGUAUACUCAUUGGUGAAAGUUCUUCAUCUGCAAAUGGAAAUCUGUCAAAGUGGCCUUUCCCAGACAUGAUUACAAAGUAUGAUUUAAAUCUAAUGUGGAAUAAACAUGUUUUACGUUUUACUCCCAAUAACACUAUUUUAAUACUUAUUGGUGUAAACUUCCAACCAUUUUCAUUUGUACAAGAAAUGGGUCAUAACUGGUUAAUUCAGUGAUAUAUUUUUUCAUGUGCAACUGAUACUUUAAAGAUUAAUUGGGCAUAAAUGUAAAACAUUUGAGUAUUAAUGUUUAAAACAUUAUCUAGUCUUCUGUGGUUAUCAGGUUGGUCCACCUGGUAGCAUGAUUCCCGAAUUAUUAAUUUUUCUACAAACUUAAGUUAAAUUUCGAUUCUAAAAGUUUUACAAAAUGGCUCAGAAUGUAUAUGAGAACAUGAACAACACCAGAGCUAUCUAAUCCCCUAAAGCCCCAGCCAAUAAAUUUAUUUCAAUCGAAAUUAUCAUUGUACACAUUCACCCAUAUACUGCUUGAAUUCAGUAUUGUUUUUCCAUGUCCUAAGUAAUAACUGUACAGUACAAGUUUUAGUAUAGUUAUCAUAGUAUUCCAUAUCUUAUUCACUGAAGAGACACUGUAAUCAUUCUUUUUAUGUCAGCAAAUCCUCUGCCCAACACAGUACAUUGUUUAGGUGUACUUUAUCUCAUAUUUAUCAGUGUUGCAUGUGUGCUCUACUUCCAGGUAUAUAUUAGUAACCUUGACACUGUUCCAAUAUGGAAAAAAACAAUUUGCCACACAAGAUAUCUGCCAAAUAUUCUUGUGUAGGUUUUUGGCCAAUAUCCUAUGUGUAUAUUUUUGAGAUUUGUUUAAGUCUAUGCAUGAUUGGUGAAUUGCUCCUUUUCACUUGUCAUGUACAAAAAAAAAAGUAUGGACUUUUUAUAAUCUCAGUAUCAGUUUCUUAACAUAUUAUGCUUAGAUAGACAGUCCAGACCUUAGUAUUUACUAAACCAGUGAAGGUUAUGAAUGAAUAAUAAGGGUGGCAUUCUAACAUCCAAUGUCUUUAUUUUGUAAAGCUAAAUUAUCUUCAUUGCAAUGGCAGGUAAUUUUACACAGGUUUAAUUCAAUAUAGUGUUUUUUUGUACAACAUUAUGUUCUGCUACUGUAAUAAAAUAUUUUAUAGUUACAGUAUCAUAAAAUGUGCUUUUACAAUUACUGCAAUUUUUAUAGCAUGGUAUGCUAAUUUUAUUUAUUUUUCAAGUAUUUUUGAUAUAUUACCCUUUUUUACAACCACUCUUCCCAUUAUGACAGUAUUAAGAUACUAUAUUAAAAAUAGUGGUACAAUAGUGUGUGUGUGUGUGUUAUAAUGAACUACAAAUACAUGUAAAUUUGAGUGUUUAUGUUAAUUUGUACAAGCAAGGUUCAUGUAAUGAGUUAUGUUCAGUGCUUGUGAUUAGUUGAUUAUUAACCAAAUACUCAGUUAUCAGGUCUCAGAUUAGAGAAUUGAAAUGUUUAUGAUGAAAUUAAUUUAAAGUUUUUAUUAUUAAUAAUUUAUAGAAAUUUUUUCAAAGGGCUGUUUCAAUUUCUAAGGAAAAGCAGUGUAAACAACCAGGGGUAUUUUAUUAAAUUUAGUUUAAGUUUAUGAUUUUGUGUUUGAAUUAUUUUAGUUUUCUUUAUUUAGUAACAGGUAUAAUUUUUUAUUUGGCUUAAAAUCAGCCAUCAUUUUUUGAAUUUUUUUCAACAUUGAUACUUCUUGGGUUAAAUAGUAAUGACACUUAUAACCAGUAGGUAUAUACAAUUUAGUGUAAAGUUUGUGGAUAAUACAGUUAUGCAGUGACAGGUUUUUGUUAAAACUGAGUAUAUAAUGUUAUCCUUUGAAUCAGUUUUUUUUUAAAUCUAGGUAACCUUAUUAAUGAUAUGAUGUGAUUAUUCUG